UGUCAAACUAAGUACAAAAUUAAAAACAAAACAUGAGUGUUGUGAAAAUUUUUCUACCAAAAAAUGUUUUUUACAAGCAAAAAGAAUGUGAAAUUUUUGGUGAAAUACAAAUAACCGAAAAGUCUAUUUCAUAUUUUGUCGUCUCAGAUGAAAAUCAAAAUGAAUUAAGACAUCUGGGCUAUGUUGUGCCAUUGGGAAAGAAAAUAAAUAAAGAUGUGUCCAUGAUCUUUUCCUAUGACUCGCAUCAUCCAUCAAUUUAUUUAACUAAACUUAAUAUUAAGACUCCCAGUACAACGGUUCCAAUUGUCUGCCUUUAUGAUUCAAAGAAAAUUGUGCAAUUACACUAUCCAGAUCAGAAAAAAUGCAAGUACGACCAAAAUCCUGGAGACACUCGAAUGUUAUAUGAUCUACUUGUCUCAUUCCAAAAUAAGCCAAAUAAGGCUGUUAGUCGGCAUACAAUUCUUGCCCUUCUGCUAUCAUUUAUAUGGGAAUGCAUUCACAGAUCUUUUGCUGCUGUAGAAUAUCCGCCAAUAUGUUGGUUCUUCAAAAAAUUGGUUCUGUAUGAACAGUAUACAAAUUGGAAGAUGAUCAAGUCCACACGGAAAAGAACGGCUAAUAUUAUUUUGGAUAAAAUAUUGGGCCUGGUCUUAAUGAUCAUACUCUUGCUUUUGAUAACAAAACCAGGUGACGAUCUUAUUCAAAUCUCUCACUUUGUCAUUCAGCGGCUAAGGCAGCUUUUAGGAGCUCUUAAGGGAAGUCCAAUUGGCUUAAAAUUGAAUGACCAUUUAAAUAAUUUCUUUUUGGAUUGCUUCACCUAUCACAUAGAUUUGUGGGCAACUUUUCUUGAACUAAUUGAACCAAUUGUUAGACAGCUUUUCGUGCCCAUGGCCUUGUUAGGUUUGAUGGGAUUCUCCUUUCAGCUUGCAAUGUUAGCGGAUCUUAUAGGACUUGUAGGCUUGCAUGCUCAUAGCUUUUAUAUUUAUACAGCAGUAUUAUACAAAGUUGAAAUCAAAGGCCUCCAAGUAUUAUGGAAAGUUGUGUUGGGAAAACGCCGGAAUCCGCUAAAAAAUAGAGUUGAAGCUCACGAAUACAUGAACCGUCAAUUAUAUUUAGCUACAAUGUUUUUCGCUUCCUUGGUUUUUCUUCUCCCCACGAUUUUGGUGUAUUACACAGUUUUUACAACGUUGCGCUUGGCAAUUUUCCUUGUCACUGUCAUAUUAAAAAGCAUACAACGAACAAUUAUUGAAUUUCCUCUGGAGACACUUAUUAAAUGGAGUCUGGGUCGGUUCUUUGAAAUUGAUAGUCUUUAUCUGCAACAUAUUAACAUGGCAUUCCAGCAAAAUUUUAUGAAAACUACUGUAUUUGAAAUGAAUGUUAAAUCGUCGCGUUUAAGCAGAGUGUUUUCCUGUGAAGCAGGAUUUCUGAAAGAAAAUAAAUUAAAUGAAAAUGUAACCCUUAAGAGUAUACUUAUUAAAAUUUUAAAAGGUUCUUUCUGAGAAAAGUUCAUAUUAAAAUAGCAAAUGCAAAAACAGCAAACUCA